UGACAUGAAGAAAGAUAUAGAUGCUUUAAUAGCAGAAGAAAGGGCAGAAAUCAUUGCUAAGUAUGAGAAGGGAAGGCAAGAUGGAACUCAGAUUGAUCCAUGGGAAGAUGCUGACUUUGCUCUCUACAAAGUUACAGACAGAUUUGGGUUUUUGCAUGAGCAUGAGUUACCAAUUCACAGUGCUCUGGAGGAAAAGCAAAAAAAUCAUGAGAUUGAACGAGUGGACAAAUGGCUGAAGAUGUUAAGAAAGUGGGGAAAAUAUAGAAACAGUGAAAAAAUGUUCCGCAGAGUUUAUAAAGGGAUUCCCCUCCAAGUACGAGGUCAAGUCUGGUCAUUUUUACUGGAUAUUGAAAAGAUUAAGAUGGAGAAUGAAGGGAAGUAUGAGAAAAUGAAAGAACAAGCCAGAAGCUUCUCAUCAGAAAUAAAACAAAUAGAUCUGGAUGUCAAUCGCACUUUCCGAAACCACAUCAUGUUCCGGGACCGCUAUGGAGUAAAACAACAAGCUUUGUUCCAUGUCCUGUCAGCUUACUCUAUUUACAACACGGAAGUGAGUUACUGCCAGGGCAUGAGUCAGAUUGCAGCUAUCUUGCUGAUGUAUUUGAAUGAAGAGGAUGCCUUUUGGGCCCUGGCACAACUGCUUACCAACCAGCGGCAUGCAAUGCAUGGAUUUUUCAUUCCUGGAUUUCCAAAGUUGCAGAGAUUCCAAGCUCACCAUGAAGCAAUCCUAAACAAACUUUUCCCAAAGUUGAAGAAACACUUGGACAAGGAGCAGAUGUCGGCAGGAAUUUAUACAACUAAGUGGUUCUUGCAGUGCUUCAUUGACCGGACUCCAUUUACAUUAACCCUGCGGCUGUGGGAUAUUUACAUCCUGGAAGGAGAGCGGGUUCUAACAGCCAUGGCAUACACCAUCCUCAAAUUGCAUAAAAAACGCUUGUUGAAAAUGACCCUUGAAGAUCUGCGGGAAUUUCUGCAAGAAAAAAUUGCUGCUUCUUUGCAGUUUGAAGAUGAUACAGUAAUUGAGCAGUUACAAGCAUCUAUGGCAGAACUGCGUAAAAUGAAAUUUGACCUCCCACCUCCAGCAAAAUCUGAAGAAUUCCCCAAAACACCCCUGGGAAUGGAGCUCUCUCUCAAUCUGCUAUCAGUGAAAUCCAGCGUAGCCGGUAAUGGUCAGAAAACGGCUGUUGGUGACUUCAACAAUGAUAAAGAUGUCAUAAUACAAUCUUCUCCAGAUAAAAAUCCUCCUUGCCCAAAUGAAAUGAUUGAUAAUUCAGAUAUGGCGAUACGUGAGAGGGCUUCUCCAGAACACAAUGGAACACCCUUGCAGAAUAAACUAGCUGAUACUCAUCACAAUCCUUUCCGUAAACUUCCACCAAAUGAAAAGUUUGAAACUGAGGAGUACCAAGCGGACAAAAGCGUUGAUAAAAUUUCAUCCAUGGAGAAUCCUAUAAUGCUGGAUAAAAUUCAGACAAUAGGAGAAAAUCAAGAUGUGGCUUCAGACAGUAAGAAGGGUAAUUCGUUAAAAAGCAAUAACACUGAGAAGUGUGGUGUACAGGAAGAUAAACACAUUUCUUUAGAUGAUAGGGACCACGUUAUUUCCCCUGUGCUACAAGCUCAGACAAGAGAUGUGUCAACAGACAACUCGGCCUGGGAGUCCCACUUGCAGAGUCAACCCUUGGAAGCAGACCUUUCUAUCAGCCAUGAUAGUACAACAUCAUUAUCAAGAUCGGAGUCACUGCAUCACUUAGAUACACCACCCUCUGGGCAAAGUGCAGCUGCUCUUAAGCAUGGGAGCACAACCUGUUCCUCUGAAGAUUUAGUAUCUGAAGAUGCUGCAGUGCUUCAAGAUGGUCUGUGUCAUCCCCCAUGUACAGAGCCAUCUUUUACAGCAGAACACAGCCUCUUUAUGCCACAUGACUUGCCAGAAAAUCUAGUAGUGCCGUGUAGAGUCAGAACAUUUGCUGCUUUCUGUCCUCCAUUCCAAGAUGGACAGCGGCGGCCUUCUAACGUAUCCCAGUAUGAUAACCUGUCUGAGAAUGAAGACAGGGAAGAAAAACAGGUGCUCUGUUCUAAGAAACUGGCAGAUUCAAUACUACAAACUGAGCUCUGUACACCAGUAUUAAAGUCUUCUAUACCCAAGUCUGCCUCAUUUGGGGAGAUAGACAAUCUCCAGAGGCAAACCCAAAAAGUGGCAGAUUUGGUACAACUGCCAAAAAAUGUGGGCCAGCUCACCUCAUUCCCCAUGCUGCCACAUUACGAAAGAUUGUCUGGUGGAGGCAGCGUGCCAGUCCUAUCUGAGCUUGGCUCUGAUGCACUCUUGCUGUCCGGAGGCCUCCAAGCUCGACCUACGUCAUCUCCUGUGUUGCAGGAUCAGCACAGCCCCUUCAGAAUUGUAAAAACUACCACUCCUCUUCAUUUGGCUCAUGCCACAGAGCAAGGCCUCUUGAGCACAAAGCAAGUGGCUCUCCCUUUGCCAGAGACCAGCCACUGUCACACAGCGGAUGGUGGAAAAGAUAAUCUUGCCACUGGGGAAGAGGAGGCAGCUGGGGAUGGUGUUCCGAAGUUGAAAAACAUUCUGGGUGGUUCACCUGCACUUCAGAAACCAAAACUACCACCCAAGGUUUUCAAAACACAUUCAGAGAACAAAUUCUGUUCAAGCUGUUCCCCCAUGGGGGAAAUGUCUAGAUCAGUCACAUUCUAGAAUUACUGAGAAAGAGGAAAUUCGGGUCACGUAAUGUUUAUCCAUAAGAGUUUGGAAAGAAAGGCAGAGCCUCAAGCAAAAUGAGGAAAGUGAUCACUUUGCUCAUCAAAAUGUGUUCAGGAAUUCAGGAUGAAGUUCACAAUACAGGCCAGGCCGGUAGCUAACACCUGCAGAGAGCUUCUUGCAAAAUCUGGGUUCUUCUCCAAAGUAUUUGAAUUGUGUGUCUCAUCUUUUUCUUCACUUGGUAAAUGUUUUAACAGAUUUAACCUGCUAAAAACUACAGUUUCCAAACCCUUAAGGCUGAGAAAUGAAAGACAAACUUCAGAAAAGCGGCAAGUCCAAAGGGAGUUACUUAAGGAAGCAGGAGACAAAGUCAGUUCCAGAUUUGGGCCAGUAAUGUUUUUUUUUUUCAGUAGCCACAGUAGUGUUGUUUUUCUGUAUUAGUACUGUAGCUAAUAUACUAUUAUAAAUGAGGCAGUGCAUAAUAUAUGCCAGGGAAGUUAAUUUUCAUAGCAUCUAUGCAUACCAAGCACACAUUGUUAUAUGUGUGUUCUUUCACUGAAAUCAGACAGUUCAGCAUGCCUUUUAAAAACUUGGGUUCCUCUCACCCCACCACCACACCUCCUUGUUUGUACUGAUGAGAUUUAUUAAAGAGAAAGGAGAUUCCAGCAGUUUUUCAUUCAGCUGAACUUUGCAAUAUGUUAAACAGACACCUGGGUAGCUUCAGAGAGAAACCAAGGUAGUGAUGCAGAUUACUUGCAAUUUGCCAUCAGAUGUUUCUACAUUUGUUCAAUCCUCAACAAAUUUUGAGCAUGGAUCCUCUGAGUAUCUAUAACAGGAAGUUUUAACUACUUAUCAAAGUACUAGCUUGGGAUGCAAAGAACUCGUUUUCUAAUUGCACUACUGCUUUCUUUACAGUCCUAAGGAAGUUGUGACAACUUACUUGCUCUCAUGCCAUUGUCACCCCAUUGGAAAUACCCUUCACCUUACAGGAGUAUUAUGUUGAUU